AUGUUGGUGCACGCUCAACGAGCAUUUCUAUUCCUUGAGUUUGAGCCGAGUAGCCUUCCGUUCAAUCUUUCACAGAAGCAGUUGGAUUACAUGUCAACGAGGACAGUUGGAUCUUACCAUCUAAAGACUUUCAAAGAAAUAUUUUAUCCGGUUUAUUUCGUUGUUGCGAUUCUGCUAGUUUCAGUAGUGACUGUAUUCACUGCAUUUGAGAUCAUCCGUACUAUCCACAAGAAACAAAGCCUUAUGUCUACCGGAGCAUCCAGUCAUCAUUUGAAAGUGCUGAAGAUCCUAACGAUCCAGGUGGUUUGUACUUUAUCCGUAUCUGGAUGUACUCCUAUCGGAAUAGCCCUUUCGCUUUUUAUCCCUGUAAAUUCAACCGUAAUUUAUGGUUGCUUGUAUCUGUUGGGUACUAACUCUCUGGUCCAGUCUGUUCUCAUCAUCUGUUUGAACCCAGUUUCCCGGAAAACUGUCCUGACUCUCAUUGGCUUCCACAAACCUGAAACAAGGAAGACUACUGUCCGAGUAGAUGCAAAGUAG